GGAGCAGCCGCGGCCGCCGCCAUGCCGCCGCCUCCCCGCCCCGCCAUGCCGCAGCCGUAGGCAGCCGGCGGCCGCUCCCAGCCCUCGGCCCCCGGGAGGCGGCGGCGGGCCCUGCCUUCGCCUCGCCCUGCCCGAUGGGCAGCCUGCUGAGCGGCGUCAGCUUCAAGGAGCCCACCACGGUGGAGGACUGCGACUCCACCUGGGAGACCGACUCGGAGCCCGAGCCGGCGGAGCCCGCCGGGGACCCGCGGCCCCUGGAAGGGGUGUGCGCGGCCGCGGGAGGCGCCGCGGAGCCGGCCGAGCCGCCCGCCGCUGACGGCCGGCCCGAGGAGCCCCCGGAGGAAGGGGAGCGGGCCGAGGCCGACGCCGCCGGCCCCGAGCAGAGUGGUGAUGGAACUGAGCUGACAGCCAAGCCAAAGAGAAGCUUCUAUGCAGCAAGAGAUUUAUACAAGUACCGACACCAGUAUCCACAGAACUUUAAGGAUCUUCGAUACCAAAAUGACUUGUGCAAUCUCCGCUUUUACAAAAAUAAAAUCCCUUUUAAACCUGAUGGGGUUUACAUUGAAGAAGUCCUAAAUAAAUGGAAAGGAGACUAUGAAAAACUGGAACAUAACCACACUUACAUACAGUGGCUUUUCCCACUGAGGGAACAAGGUCUGAACUUCUAUGCUAAAGAAUUAACUACAUAUGAAAUUGAGGAGUUCAAGAAAACAAAAGAAGCAAUUAGAAGAUUCCUUUUGGCUUACAAAAUGAUGUUGGAGUUUUUUGGAAUAAAGCUAAUUGAUAAAACUGGAAACGUAGCCCGAGCUGCUAACUGGCAAGAAAGAUUUCAGCAUUUGAAUGAGUCUCAACACAACUACUUGAGAAUCACUCGAAUUCUGAAAAGUCUUGGUGAACUUGGAUAUGAGAGUUUCAAAUCUCCCCUGGUAAAAUUUAUUCUCCAUGAAGCUCUUGUCGAAGAUACCAUUCCUAAUAUUAAGCAAAGUGCUCUAGAAUAUUUUGUGUAUACUAUUAGAGACCGAAGAGAAAGGAGAAAACUCCUGAGAUUUGCCCAGCAACAUUAUACACCAUCAGAGCAUUUUAUCUGGGGACCCCCAAAAAAGCAGAAGUCAGAGGGAAGCAAAACAAAUAAAAAACCAGCAUCUCCUGUUUCUGUUCACAGUAGUUACAUUUCUAAGCAUAAGAAACUGAAGGAGCCUAAGAGUACAUCCACAAGCGGAAGCUCAACUAGUAAAGUAACUGAAGAAAGAAAGGUAGAACUCACGAAAAGUGGAGAAGAAAAUGAGCAGGAUGAACAAGAAAUGAACUGUGAUGCUCUUAAGCAAAACAGCAGUGAAAAGAACAGUGAUACUGAUACUAGUCAGCUUUCAAAACCAGAAGAAAUUCAUGAUACUUCAGACAAAAAGGAGGAUGCUUCUCAUUCAAAUAGAGAUGAUGAAAGUAUGGACAAUGACUCCGGAAAUCAUCCAAGUGUUGUAGAGAAAGAUUUAUGUGACACUGAGAAUUGCUCAAAUAGCAUGUCAGCAGAUGUACAAGAUAACCUUGAUAAGGAUACGCUUUCAGUGGAGACCACCAUAAAAACUAAGGAUGAUCUCAACUCAUGAGUCUGAGGUUAAAAAUCGUUGUUUCGUAAUGAAUGAAGUAAAUUAUUCAUCACUUUUUCAUUUUGCAUAACAUUUACAUCAGAUCUAGUAUAAAGUGUUCAUGAGACUUUGCUUGUUGUGAAUGCAUCAGAUUAGACUUUUGUUAGGUUAAUGAAUUUUACCUUUUUCAAUCUCAGUUUAUCAGAUGAAAAUCAAGUAUGGUUAUUUAAAAUGAUUGUGUAAGUUCAGAGCCUAGGAAUUCAUUAUCUUUUCCAGACAGAUUGCAUAGGAAAAAAAUAGAUACUCCAUUACAUUCAUCCUUUAUUUUUUUUCUACCUAAAACGUACUAGAAAGUCUUGAAACUUAAAAAUCCUGAUAUUCCUUUUACGUUGCUUUAAAUUUUUAUUUCUUUUUAUGAAAUGGCUAGAAAUUCUUUGAAGAGCAAAGCUUUUCCCUAGCAGACUUUAAAAUUUGGGGGGGGGGAAACUAUAUUUAUGUUAAUGGCAGUAUUUGCACAGCAUUUUACCGUAGAUUAGCACCCUUGUCUGGGACACUAGGUAAUAGAUAGCAAAAUAUCCUAUGCAGCUGGGUAUCCUUUACAUCAAAUAGAAGUUUAACUUACAGUGAAACUGUAUCCACAGCUUUUGGGUACAAGGGAAGAUGCACUUUAAACUUCUUUUAGUCCCUUUGAAGUUUUCUCAUGACUCAUUUGCCACUUCUGCUAAUUUGAGGUAUGAGCUGGAAUCGUUUUUAGCUGUGGUCUCAGUGUGAAAGCACUCUGUUAUCAGCUCACCCAGCUGGCUUUGGCACCUGUGAAGCCUCUUUCCCUGGAAAUCAACCACCAACAGCUCAAAAGCAGUGUCUUCACAGCAAAGCACUGCUUAAGCAUCAAAGCCAUCAGAGAGACCAUCACCAGGCCUGUCCGGCUGGAUCUUAACUAAAUUUGGACAUUUCUUGGCCGGUUUUGGUUGAGGUCUGUACAAUGCUGAACCCACAGAUGCUGGUCUGUGAGAGAAGGGAAUUCCAGCUGUCUCAUUCCUCCCUUUGCUCUAUCAGAGGUCUUUCACACUGCUUAAUGUUAUUUUCAGAAUAGGCUGAAACCUGAGAAAAGCCAGCCUGCUAGCAUGACUAGAGCCCAACAGACAGGAAUUUCCCAAUUAAGAUCUUUCCCAAUGUUGUUUACUUCAGGACCAUCUGCUUUCCCUGAGCAUCCUCUUCUGACUUCAUGCCAUUCAAUCUAGCAAGACACUACCCAGCAAGUUAAUGGUAUGAAUUAAAAAAUAAUGCAGGUAGAACUCACGCUUUCUACAGUCCUAAAGUAGUCUAAAACUUCUAUAUGUAUUUUCUAUUUUAAAAUGUAUAUAUAAUCCACUGCCUUUAAUGUAUUUUUGAUGAAAUAUUAUAAAGCAAGUACCUGACUAUAGUUCGAGUGUCAGAGUGCUGCAAGACUUGAUUCAAGUCUUGUAACUCAAAAUGACAAAGUCUUCAGGGGUUUCAAAGCAUAGACGAAAUGUCUUAUAUUUUUCUGUGUCGCUAGUUCCCAUUACGGCAGUACAUCGCUCCUUGCUUUCCCUGGGUAGUAUUGUUUCUUGGGGUCACACAGAGUUGCAGUUAGAGAUCGGGGUACCUAUGGACAAAAACUAAACUCUUUCCAUCCAAAAAAAAGGCAGGGAAGAGGAAAGUCACAUUCCUCCUUUUCUGUGCUGUCUUAUAAGGAAAGGGACAUAUGUACACGUAUGUUUGUGAGUUGUUUUUUGUUUUAUUUUUUAAGGGUGGCCCAGGUUGCUCAAACAGGCAUUAAGUCUGUCUGAAUGGAAAUGUCCCAGAGAAUUUCCCCACAGCCACUGUUUCAACAAAGGCUGGUGCUGAGAAUUAUCUUCCAAUUCCCCUGGGCUUGAAACGCUUUCAUGUUUGGCCCUGACCUUCUGAGAAGAAGGGGACAGGAAAUGCUUAGAUAAAAUUGGUCCAUGUAGUUAAAGACUCUAACCCCGUGCAUACACGCAGGGAGGACAGCUUUAUGUUCUGCCUCUGACUUUGUAAAUCUUGAGUGCCUAACCUUGCCAACUUAACAGCAUUGUUUAACAUAGUUAUUUCUUGAAUGGCAUAGGGAAAAUUUACAGUGUGUAUGAAGACCAUAACUGUAAGGUAGCUAGUUAUACAGAACCUUCAAUUUCUAGACUUUAAUACUGAGGUUAAACAUUUUUUUAAAAAUUACAUAGUGUUCAACUGGAAUAGGGGACACUAGGGUGUUAUAUUUAUAUUCUAAUUUGAUUGAACAUAGAUGAUCUCAGGAGAUUUUCCGUCUUUUGACUACUGAACAACAACAGAAAGAGAAAUCUAUAGCUCUUAAACCAGAAAGCUCUUGGGAUGCACAUCCAAAAUAUUUCUCUGCAGUAUGUUAUUGUGACACAGCAUUCACCUAUAUAUGCUUGCUGGUUGUCCACUCGUAAUUGCGUACUUAAUCUAAGAAAUUACUUCUUUUUUUUUGUUUGCUUGUCUAUUUAUUUAUUUUUGUUUGUUUGUUUGUUUUCACCUGGCAGGGCUGUUUGCAUUAAGGGCCCAGUGGGUCUUAAAAUACAGUUGAGAACUUUGAAACCUGUAUCCUUAUUAACUUAAAAAAAUUUUUUUCAAAUAUCCCCAAUUUAGGAUAAUCCUGUCGCUUUUUAUAGAAGUGAGAAUAGCAGUGACAUGUCAAUUAGCCAUGAAGAACUUUGGGAUAAGAGAAGUUUUUUAUUUCUGGUGGCCUCCUGCUUUCUGUAACCUUUGUCUUAUAGCUAUAUCAACAGAAUUACUCCCAUGGGACACUUCAACUUUAACUAAGAAAUUCUGUGUAAAAUGUGAGUGUUUACCAUUAUUUUCAUGGAGGAGUUGUUUUUCCUGAUUUUGCAACUGCUUGAAAGAAGGAUUCAUUGCAGAGCAGUUGCACAGUGUACAGUGACAUGGAGAUUUGUGGGGAUCAAGUGAGUGCACUAUAUGCCUUUUAGUACAGGAUGAUGUCCUUAGCAGCUAGAAGCACCCUGUUUUCUGUGGUUUUUAAGGUAUCUUUAGUUUCUUUAGUUUUUAAGGCUUUCAGGUUUUCAAGUGUUCCCAUAAAUACCAGUUCUUAAUUAUUUAACCAUUACUUCAGAAAAUUAAUGUGUGCAAAGAAAGUCAGGACAAUUCCUCAUUAUUAAAUUUGUUGUUUUUUUUUUUUUUGUCUUGCUGUGCACUUAAGUAUUCAGGGAUUUCUGCGUACCUCUAUAACGAUGCAUUUUGGCCCAAUGUUUUACCAGAAUCUGAGCUAGUCAUGUAUUAAUUGAAUGGGACCUCCCAUAUAGGGGUUCUUUCCCAACAAGUACAUCUGAACAGCCUCUGAUGCUGAGGGAGAAGUGUGCACAUUCAUACACCUGUGAAUUUGAUUUUACCUAUCCCACAGUGAGGGUGUCUGAAUGUGCAACUUGACAAACUGCUAGUGAGUGCACAUGUGCAGAUGAGGGCAAUUGUACAAAUCAUGCAAAAAUACAGCACUUUAAGAUUAGUUACAGCUCUGUACCCUACUAGCCAGGACGUAACUGUGCCUCAGUACCUGUGGAUGGGUUGGCAUAGAGGCUAAAAGCUUGGGUACGUGAGGUAUGCACUGCAGGCUGUUCAGAUAAGAAGAGCAGUUAGCAUGUGCACGUGUCUAGGAGCAGAACCAAGCUUCUGGUGUCUAUUGCUCGUAUUUAAAGGUGUGAAUCUGAAGGAUGCUAAAAAUAUUUUCAGUAAGCCUUUGGGAGCUGUUCUUUGGCUUGGUCAGCUCCUCAGUUUCCUACUCCUAAGUUUACAGCAGUCUGAUGCAUUAGGUAUUUGUAUAAUCAUGGUUAAUAUUUCACGUAACCUAGUGUAAGCCUCCUUUAAUUAUUCCAGGAUGAUUCUAACAAUCUACAGUUGUACUGUACCUGUACUAGAGCCAGAAAGUUUACAGACACUAUAAGCUUUGUAUAAUUUUGAUGGAUGAUCCAAUAAGGUAAGUCAAGGGAGAUUUAAUAUAUUUAAAUGGAAAUCAGCUCUUGUUUGUUUUUUAAAAUAAAACUUAUUUAUAUCUGUUUAAUUGAAUUAUUUUGUGUACCUUUCUUUUCCUGAAAUUUGUGAUGGUAGUGAUUUGUUCAGUGGCUGAGAAACAGGGGGGAGUAGUAAAGACCAUGUAGAGAACCAAAAGGUAGAAGUACUGUUACAGACCACUUGGUAACAGCCUUUUGUGAUCAUAUUUGUGAUACAAACCUAAUUCCUGUAGACAAUUUCUAACCAUGUUUAUGGAGGAAAGGCGAGUCCUCUUAGACAAGGUAUCACCCAAGAUGAUACCACAGUAUUUAGAAAAAAUAAUCUUAGUCAAAAUGUUUAUAGAAAUGGAAAGUACUUUCCUCUACAAUAUUGUCUACAAUAUUGUCUCUUCUUAUUAAAAAGCAAGUGAUAAUAAAUACAGUAAUGCAAAACUGAUCACAAAUAAUGGUGAGAUACAUAUGUUUGAAAAUGUAUCCCUUAUUUUUUUAUCCCUUAUUAUACUUUUAUAGGUAAUUUACUAAAUUUCCUUGACAGAAGCAGUAUUUAUGAAUAAGAUGCAAAUAAAUGUAUGAAGUUUCUCUAUCAAUAAAACUGUGACAAAAUCAUGUUAAUGGUGUAUGUUAGCUUAAGAACUAUCAUUAUGGAUCGGAACCAAAGAUAUAUCUAGCCUUGUAUCCUGUCACCAACAGUGGCCACCAACAGGUUGUGUGAAAGAACAGUUAAAGUUUUUUUUCUCCAUGUGUUUUUCCAUUUUUAAGCUCACGCAUUUUUUCAGCAUCAGCAAUCCCUGUUGGCUAUGAGCUCCGCAUUUUAGUUUAGUUUUGUUUGCAAAAAGUAAUCUCUUUUUUGUCUCAAAUUUGUUUAUUCAGGAAUUGCUAGUGCGUUUGAACACAAUUACUGAAAGAUGAACACUAAUCCAUUUCCUGUUCUUAAAAGCCUUGGGAUAUUGUAAUACUAAGAUACCUGCUUAGGCAGAAAAUUUAGUCACUUGUUCUAUGCUGAUGACAGUAUUAUCUUACGUGUCCCUUCUGAAUAAAGUUUUUACACAUAAAUUGUUCUAUAUAAAGUAUUAGAAGUCAGAUUCCAAAUGCAAAAAUGAUUGCUUUUUAUCUCUGUCAGUGUGAAAGCAAGAUCAAAGGCAAAACGUUCUAGCCCACAUCUGAGUGAGGUAACACUGGAUUUGGAGACAAGUAGUAAGAGCAUCUAUCUGGGCCAGUGUAAAUCAGUGUAACAUUGUGAUUAUGUAGAAGACAAAAAUCCUGUCUGAGGUGUGCUGGGAACCAAGCUUCUCAUUCCGUAUUUCAGUAACUUAUUUUAAUGCAUGUCCCCUAGUUCCAAUUCCAGUUGAAUACAAGUAACUGCUCAAAUGGCAUUCCUGCUGGAGAAGGGAGCUUGAAAAUGAAGGAUGGGACUAAAAGGUCUAAGCACGGACUCCCUGCUCUCUUCACAUCGCAGUCAGGGCUGUAAUAGUAGAUUCGCUGCUCACAGGUAUUUAAAUGCAGUCCUCCAAGAGGAAUGUAAAUUGUGUCUCUGUAAUAUCUCUGCGCUCUGUAUUGCCUGUGAAUUAUUUAUUUUCAUGGGAUCUGUGUUCCUUUUACAUGCCACAUUCUUAAGUAUACCUACUUAAGACCAUCAGGGAAAGCAAGAGUUUAUUUUAAAGAAUAUAUCUAAUACAUGCCAUAUGUAGUGGACUCUUAAACUACCGCUCAAAAGCUAUAGAGAUCAAUUAAAGGGAGGCCUCCCGUGGCUUUACGCUUAUAAUCACUUUUAUAUUUAUUUUCAGAAGCAUAAAGCUGUUUGCUGUAAAAUAACAAAUGUGAGAAUUGGCAAAUUGUUCUGAAAGAAGUCUCUUACUUCUUAGGAACUUGGCACUUUUUAAUUCUACCACGCUUACAAGUCUGGUGGUGUAUUCAUCAACUGAAGUUUAUUGUGAAAUAUACUGAAUGUAUUUACUGCUGUGGCUAACUGUGAAAUUUAUUGUUUUGCAGUAAAACAGGUUAUGGCAUUUUUAUUUUGGGGACCUGCCGAAGCAUGUUUGCCGAUCAUUAGUUGUUCCUCUUUCUGUGUCUUAACCUAUCCCUCGGUUGUUUGUACUUUCAGCAGUUUGAGUUCAGAGACCGAAGAUUGGGUAUAGGUUUGCACUGAUACAAUUUGGAACUAUUGUGUGCUUCAUUGUUAAAAGGUAUUCUAAGAAAAAAAGUGUGAUAAUUGAUUAAAAAAAAAAAAAGAAACAAAACCCAACAUUUUUUACUUGAGAACUGAAACAGCUACGUGUCAGUUUUUAUGAAUGGUCCUGCUCUCUUCUCUGUAUUCCUUUGCAGUGUUUGAUCACAGAAUGCCGUGCAUGUUUGGUAGUACCAAUACCAUAUGUAUGUGGUAGGAGUGGUAACCAGUUUCUGGGUUUGUAAUGCACUAUAAAGAUAUAUUUUAUAAUUCUGUAACUGUAUGGCAGUGUUAUGCCAAAAAAAAUAUUGUAUAAACAUAAAAAGCAAUAGUUUAUGUUGCUUACUGCUAUAUUUUUGGUCAUUUGUUUGUAAGAUGAAAUACUUGGAUUUCCUUUCAGGUAAAUAUAUUUUUAAUAACAGCAGCCAAAAAUCUCUAAACUAAUAAAGCUUCUUCAUUUAGCAGCAUUGUUUUAGCAACAUGUACAAAUACUGUGUACAUCUAAUAUGUGUAAUUGCCGUGCAGCGCUUGUUUGUAUAGUCUUCUGUAAAUGUAUUAGCACUUAAAAGUAGGGCAUUAAAGGCUCUGAUCCUC